CUGGUAAACCUGUUCUGCACCCUCUCCAAAUCCUUCCUGUAAUGUGGCAACUGGAACCAAACAUAAUACUGUAAGUGGAUAAAAUGAAAAAUUCACACAUCAAAGGCUAUUGUGGCAAAUAAAAGUUCUUGGUAUGAGGAGAGAGCAAUGUGUUGUCAUGGACUGAUGAUUGUCUGGCCAACAAAAGGCGGAGAAUAGACCCAAAUGGGUCCUUUUUUGGGUUUUGCAGAAUGUAAAGAGUAGUGUGUACAAGUAUCAGUGUUGGGAUCUCAAGUUUCUUCUUAGCUUUCUAAAUUCCAGUGGAUACAAGCCUAGCCUGUCCAAUCUUCCCUCAUAGGACAACCUGUCCUUUCCAGGUUUCAGUCCAGUAAAACCGAUGUGAACUUCUUCCAAACGCGUUUCCAUUCUUUCUUAAAGUCCAAAAUUGUACAAAGUACUCCAGAUGUGGUCUUACAAACUGUGCAAGUGAAAUAUGAUCUCUCUGCUUUUGUAUUCAAUGCCUCUUGUAAUAAAGGAUGACAUUCUAUUGCCUUUCCUAUUUGUUUGCUGUACCUGUAUGCUAAUCUUCUUACAAUUUAUGCACCAGGUCAUCCAUAUCCCUCUGCAUCUCAGAGCUCUGCAAUCUCUUACAACUUAGAUAGUAUGCUUUUUCUUAUUCUUUUACCAAAGUGGGCAAUUUCGCAUUUGUCCACAUUAUACGCCAUUUACAAUAUCUUUGCUCACUUAUUGAACCUGUCUGUACAUUUUUAUAUCCUCCUUAUGUCCUCUUCAUCAAUUAAUUUCCUGCCUCGGCUUGUGUCACCAGUAAAUUUGGUAACCAUAUAAUCUGUCCUUUCAUCCUGGUCCCUUAGUAAGAACCAGUUCCUGAUUUAAAAUGUCUCUGAUUUCUUCCACAAUAAAAAAAAUGCUGAAUCUUACUGGACAACAUUUCUUGGCUGUUGGAAACCCUUCCACUCAGCACUUUUUACCCACACGCUGACAGUAAGUGUUCAGCAAUCAUUCUACUGCAUGGGAUGUGUAUCACAGUCUGAUUGACCAUCAUCUGACACAUCUCCCCUUUUCUGGUCAAAAGCAGAAGGACUGGUUGGGUUCUCUUCUCCUAUAGAGUUGUAUAGACAACUCAGUAGGAGCCAGGAAUCUUAAAUCAAUUCUUCAUUGCCUCUGCCAUCUGACUCAUCAGGGAGAUAAGUCUCCUCUUUAUUAUCACUACAGACUGUUAAUGGGAUAUGAAUGGAAUUAGCACAGCCCAAAGCCUUUACUUUCUCUUUCUCUUCCUGUUCCUUUUGAUGGUUUCUUCCUUUUCCCUUCUUCUCCAAGUCUCCAUCAUCAUGCUAGCUAACUGAAAAGCAAAACAGAAUGAGAGGAGUAGCCUAUGCCUGUUAACAUGUUCUUGCCACCUUUUUUUCUGGGUCUAUUUCUGUGUUUUUUCUCCUCCUCCUCCCAUACCACCACCCUCUCUUUCUGUCUCACUGUAACCUCCAGGGUAUCUCUCUCUCUCUCUCUCUCUCCAACUUUCCAAUUCAUCCAGGUGUCUCUCCCUUGCUCUCUUUCUCUCAUUCAUGCCAAAUUACCUUAGUUUCCUUCCUUGACCUGUACAAAGUUAUGUUUCCUUCAACACUAUGGGAAUUCUAUGAUUGUACCAAUGGUGAAGUUUGUUUAAGAUAAAGGAGAAAAAUUGCAGAAUCAAUAAAUACUUUACAAGGACACACGCUCCUAUUGAAUGCUGUUCCUUCCCACAAUUAGGGGUAACAUUUAGUCACAUGGUGAGGAAACAAUUCCUCUCCAGGUAUAAAUAAAGUCACAGAAUUUGUUCAGAUGCCCCAAUCACUUACAAACAUGAUACGUUUUGCUUUGGCUGCUCUACUUGUUGCAACCGUCUAUGGUUGUGGGACCCCCACCUACCAGCCUGUAUUGUCCAGGGUGGUCGGUGGUGAAGCUGCAAGACCCCAUAGCUGGCCAUGGCAAAUUUCUCUCCAAGUUGCUAGGGGAGAUAGCUGGCACCACACUUGUGGGGGAUCUUUAAUUGAUCAGCGAUGGGUUAUGACAGCUGCGCAUUGCAUUAAUAAGAAGAAUACCUAUAGAGUGGCUCUUGGCAAACAGGUCCUUUUAGACAAUGAGCCAGGAUCUGUUUUUGCUGCUGUGGAGAAGACCAUCCGCCAUGAAAAGUUCAGCAUGAUCUUUGCUGCCAAUGGUUACGACAUUGCUCUUGUCAAACUUGCACAACCAGUGGUUUUAGAUGACAAAAUUGAAUUGGGAUGCAUCCCUGCCCCAGGGACUCUUCUCCCCAAUAACUACAGCUGCUACAUCACUGGCUGGGGCCUCUUGAAGGCUGGUGGUAAUGUCUCUGAUAUCCUGCAACAAGCCCUUCUCCCUGUCGUAGAUCACGCCACUUGCUCUCUGCCUGACUGGUGGGGAGGGAUAGCGAAGACAUCGAUGGUGUGUGCCGGUGGUGACGGAGUGGUGUCAGGAUGCAAUGGAGAUUCUGGUGGGCCCCUGAACUGCCAGAAUGCCAAUGGUGCCUGGGAAGUACAUGGCAUUGUCAGCUUUGGGUCUGCUUUCUGUAGCCAUAAGAAGAAGCCAACCGUUUUUACCCGUGUGUCUGCCUACAAUGACUGGCUUACUGAGAAAAUGAUGAACAACUAAAAGGAACCACACUGAAGCUUUGGAAGAUUUUAAAUGAUGCAAUUCACAAAAUAAAUGUAUUCUCAAACAAGAUGUUGUCUCAUGGUCUUUAAUGGUGACAUUGCUCAUGGAGUCAGAGUCGUACUGGAUGAAAACAGACUCUUCAGCCCAACUAGUCCAUUCAGAACAUAGUCCCCAAACCGAACUAAUCCCAUUUGCCUGUGCCUGGCCCAUAUCCCUCUAAACAUUUUUGUUGAUGUACUUAUCCAAAUGUCUGUUAACCUUAUCAAGUCAAUAACUUGAUUAAGCCUUUUGACACAUAGAGAUUAUUAGCCUCAUGUGGAUGAGAAACUUCAUAAACCUCUAUUAAGGAUCACAUCACCAUUUAUGCACUUCUCCCUGUGAACAGUAGAUAACAAGCGUUGAACAGAAGCAGGCUGUUUAGUACCUCAACUCUGUUCUUCCAUUCAAUUAGAUCAUGGCCAAUUUGUAUUCAACUCAAGAAGCUUGACACCAUCCAAGAAAAAGGUGGUGGGUAUUCCAGAUGCCGAAGAUUAGAGUCAAGAUUAGAAUGGUGCUGAAAAAGCACAGCAGGUCAGGCAGCAUCUGAGGAGCAGGAAAAUCGACAUUUCGAGCAAAAGCCCUUCAUCAGGAAAGAAUAAGAAAAAGGAAAGAAAAACCAUCCAAGAGAAAGUCCCCUGCUUGACUGGUACCACAUCCACCCACCUAUUUAAACAUUCACUCAUUCCACCACCAACAUAUACACAGCAACAUGAUGUAGUCCAGGAUCUCACCAAGGCUGCUUUGACAGUAUCUUUCAAACCCAUGAUCAUCUAGAAUAACAACGGCAUCCAAUCUCAUGGGAACACCAGUACAUGCAAGAUUCCCUCCAAACAUCACACUAUCCAGACUUGGGAAUACAAUCAUCAUUCCUUCAGUGCGGCUGGGUUAAAAUCCUGGAAUUCUCUCCCUAAAAGCAUCACAGUGACUAUACACACACUGCAGCAGUUUAAGGCUCAUCACCACCCUCUCCAGGGUAACUAGAGAUGGGUGGCAAAUGCUGACCCAGCAAGCAACACUCACUUCCCAUAAACAGAAAACAAACCCUCAAUUUUCUUUUACUGUAGUUUCAUUCUGCCAGGUACUGAUGUGCUUAAGUGUUUGGUGACUGUUUAAACGUUGGUUCCUCAAUGGACUCUGUUGAUGCAGUUGCCUCCUUUUAUUGG